UCAGGCAAACACGGAAGACUUUAACACUGAUAAUAAAGUUGAAGCAAAAGCCCACACCUCCUGCAAACAAAUGUAGACUGAACGUUGUUUUCGUUUAUUUUAAUUAAAAAUAGGAGAAUCCGAUUAUUUUGUUGGACAGAAAUGGGUUGCUCGUGGAUUGGCGUCGCAAUUUCGCUUUGUUUUGCAGUUUUCUCCGUAGCUGUCGCCGUUAACGGGCAAACGCUGGCCAUGCCGCCCCCUCUACCCACUGCCGUCGGUGUCCUCUCUUUGGCCGGGAUGGCGCUGCUUUGGAGGGACAUUAGCUCGAAGGUGAAGGGUGGUAAGCGGACGUUGGGCAGUCUGUUGAGCCAAUAUGUGGCUGUGAAAGCUGUGGGCUGGCUUGGCAGGCGGCAGCGAAAGAAACUAGAAGCCGAUACGCUCAAGGUGAAGCAGGUCCAGGAGGAGACUCUGCUGAAGAGACUCCGGAAAAACGCGGACACUUUCUAUGGAAGAAAGUAUGACUUCCGCUCUAUUGAAGACGCUGCUGGUUUCCGAGCCUGUCACCCCAUCACCACGUACGGCGACUACCGGGAGUUUAUCCAACGCGUUGCAGCUGGAGAAGAGAAGGUAAUAAUUGCUGAGAAGCCGGUGAUUCUGGCCAUGACCUCUGGGACGUCGGGACCGAGCGCCAUGUUGCUCAGCACCAAGGACACAAACACAGACUUCUUCCUGCAGGGGGUGACUGUCUGCUUAGAAGCCAUGCGGCAGGCUUUCCCUGAGUCCGACAGCCUUCAGCGCACCACCAAAUUCUUCUACACUCCCACAUUUCGCCAAUCAGAGGCAGGAAUUCCUAUCGGACCGAAUUCCUCCACACCCGCCUCGUCCCGCCACAUCCUCAACCUCUAUACGACUCCAGCACCUGCCUUUGAGGUUCCCAGUGAAAAGGACACUUUAUACCUGCACCUACUGUUUGCGCUGAAAGAUCCCAGUGUGGGAACGUUGGAGUCCAACUUUGCCUCUACGGUCUUCUAUGCUUUCACUGCUCUUCAGGAGCGCUGGCAGGAGCUGGUGGAGGACGUGGAGCGAGGGACGAUCAGCACCUCCUUGACCCUGGAGCCCAAAGUGAGGAGCAGACUGGAGGCUCUAAUGAAGCCAGAUGCAGAGAGGGCUGCCCAGCUGCGGGCCCACUCCCAGGAGGGCUUUGGGGGGAUUUGCAAGCGCCUGUGGCCUCACCUGAGCCUGGUGCUGGCAGUGGACUCUGGCUCCAAUCAGAUCUACGGAGAAAUGUUGAGGGAGCAUUACUGCAGAGGAGUGCCUUUCUAUUCACCCUUCUACGCCGCUGCGGAGGGUCUGAUUGGGGUGAACCUGUGGCCUCAGGAGCCGGACAGACGCUACCUGCUUUGUCCGCGCUCCAUGUUCUGCGAGUUCCUGCCGGAAAGCAGCCUGGAUGAAGAAACCCCCCAAACUCUGCUGAUGGAGGAGGUGAGGGAAGGAGAAAGCUACGAACUCGUCAUCACCAACGCUUCAGGCCUGUUCAGAUAUCGCAUCGGAGACAUUGUGAAAGUCUCUGGAUUUCAUAACCAGUGUCCCAUUGUGGAGUUUCAGUACAGACGGGGUCAGAUGCUCAACGUUCGAGGAGAGAAAGUCUCUGAGGCGUUGUUCCUCGGCGCGUUGAAGAACGCCGUCGCUCAGUGGCCCGGAGCUCAGCUAGUCGACUACUCUUGUGCCGAGAGCGGCAUCUUGGGCGAUUCAAUAGGAGGCUCAGAUCYUCAUUACCAAGUGUUUGUAGAGCUAAAAGGAGUGAGGAAUCUAACAGAAGAACAGAGAUAUAAGCUGGACAUUUGUCUCCAGAAGGACUCUGCGGUGUAUAAGUCCUUUCGUAUAAAAGGCAGCAUCGGGCCGAUGAGGGUGCAGCUGGUGUCAGAAGGGGCGUUUAAGGAGCUUCAGAGGAAGAUGAUGGCGUACACAAGCACCUCGGCCAACACUUUCAAAAUGCAUCGUGUGCUCCGACGGAAAGAGUACGCAGAGUUCCUGCUGGGAAAAACAGUUUCCUGAAGAUGAGGCAUCAAUCACAAACUGAAAGGAAGUGAAGUAAUAAGAUUUAAAAAGUGCCUUUGGGAGGAUUUGAACACAGAAAUUACAACAGUUUAUUUAUAUUUUAUGACGAUAAUGUAUUUAAUGUUUUUUUAUUCCAUCAAGACAAACAGAUUCAU